AUGGCAACGGAAGAUCGCAUUUUGAAUAACAUUUACAAACCUAUUUUUUCAAACGUCCUUUCACCAGUGACAUUACAGCACAUGGCACGCGAAUGGUUAAAAGAAGACACUCCAAAUUUUGAUUAUGGAGGAUUUGUUGUUGGUGAAAAAGAGGAGACUGCUUUACUCCUAAUCAAAAGUCAGGGGGUCAUAGCUGGUAAACCUUUUUUUAAUGCUGUCUUCAAAGAAUUAGACUGUGAUGUUGCAUGGGAAUACGAGGAGGGAGAAUUUUUAGAACCUAUACAGUGUGUUGCGAAAGUGACUGGCAAAGUCCGUCGUUUAUUAUUAGGUGAGAGAGUGGCAUUAAAUUGUCUUUCUAGAGCUAGUGGUAUUGCUUCUUUUGCAAGACAAUUAGCUAAGAUUAAGGAGACUGUUUGUUGGAAAGGUGAAAUUGCAGGUACCAGAAAAACCACCCCUGGAUUUAGGUUGGUCGAAAAAUAUGCGUUAAUGGUUGGAUCAGUCUCCACGCAUCGACAUGAUUUGUCCUCAAUGAUUAUGUUAAAGGACAAUCACAUUUGGACAUCAGGGAGUAUCACACAGGCUGUUAAAGAUGCAAGAGUUGUUGGCGGUUUCUCUCUGAAAGUUGAAGUCGAGUGUCGCAGCGUAGAUGAAGCAUUAGAAGCAGCAGAAGCUGGCAGUGAUAUUGUUAUGCUGGAUAAUUUCUCUCCAGAGGCAAUUUCAUCUGCAACUGAGAAAAUAAAGUCCAAGUUUCCCAAUGUGUUGAUAGAGGCUAGCGGAGGAAUAACAGAGUCCAACAUAAAGCAGUACAUGGUACCAGGAGUGGACGUAGUGUCAUUAAGCAGACUGACCCAAGGUUAUGAUGUGGUGGACUUCUCUCUAAAAAUUCACAAAGAAGGAGUGGAUCCAAGGAAUUUGCCAGUUAAAUAAUGGAUAAGAAUAGGUGAAGACCAUCAUUGGAUAUGCAUAGGCUAUGCAUAUCCUAUAUUAGUUGAUUCCUAUCUUCCUUUAAUUCAUGAGUAGAACUUUAAGACAAAAUAAACCAUGGAUGUCGUACGGUGUGUGAGGACAGUCAUGUGUAAUAAUUCUUCUUGUCAAUGACCAUUGUUAUUUGAUUGAUUGAUUGAUUGAUGUUUUCCGCCACACUCAACAAUUUUUCAGUUAUAUUGUGGUGCCCAGUUUUUAUUGGUGGAAGAGAGAAUCCAGAUACAGUGUACCUGGAAAGAGACAACCGACCUUCCGAAAGUAAACUGGGAAACUUUCUCACUUACCGGCGCGAGCGGGAUUCGAACCCGCGCCGACAUAGGUGCAUUGUUAUUUGAUAUUCUCAGUAAACUUGUCAUGAAAACAUGCCUGUCUUGAUUAAUAUGUUGCAGAAACUAGAUGAAAUACUGAACUUAGGUAGUUAGGAUAAUCAGUCUUGGCCUCGGUUCCAUUGGACUGUGUCCACAAGAUGUACUGUAAACCAACUUUUAUUCAAGAAGAUUUUAUUUCGCGAUAUACCAGAUAUAAAUUGUUUUGUGGAGACUAUAAUUUUCAUGUCUGUGAUUAUUUUAAACAAAUACAAGAGUCAUUAAAAGACUGUUUUGCAGCGAGAAAUAUUCACAAUAAUAAUAUUCUGGAGAACCUCGCAAGGAUUUCUCGCACAUGAAUAAAGGUUGGUUUACAGUAUCAUUUCAACAAAAGAACAUUCUAUCCUAGUUUUGAGGAUGUCAAGUAAUUAUAGAAAAUCAGUUAUUAAUGAAUCAGUUCAUAGCUAGUAGCUUUGCAAUCUAAAUACAGUUUUAGGAAGGAGUAGGUGAGGUUUCUACUGUAUUUUGGCCCGUAAUAUUACCUUCAAGGUGAUUAUGGUAGAGAAAUGUCAAUAUAACAAAAAUUAUUCCUAUCUAUCCAUUCUUAAUUUACACCCUUGUUUUAGGACAUAUAUGACCACAAAUAUUGUACCUUGUUCCAUGUUGAAUAAUUUGAAAAUCGUAGUUAUUUUGUAAAGUUGCCAGAGAAAAGUUGUAUUUUCAUACCCGACCAAACUUUGCAUUUAAUAAACAAAAUUUUCACAAUU